AAUGACACUAACCUACAUGUCUGAGGAUCAAACCAUUUUGUUGAUUUAGAUUGAACAAGGGAACAUACAUUAUUUAAUUGCUGUACAGUAGCUAGUUAAUGCAGACAUACACAGCUAACCGUAUUUUAAUUUCCACUUUUGUCAUGCUGUCAUGCUAGAAUAUUAUCUUCAUCCAAUACUACUGACGAUAUUGCCAGAAUUAAGCUCUACCUUUGCAUUAGGCAGUUCCGUCUGUUACCAGGCAGAGAUUUCCAGUAGCAUUCACUAUCCUUCCAACAUGGCAGCAACAGGGAACGUAGAAGAAACGCAGUUGCAAGACAUGGAGGAAGAUGCAGGAAUGGAAAGAGAAAUGGAGUCGGACGAAGAGGAAGGCAUGGGGGUCGAAAAUUUAGACGAAGAAGAGGAGGACGAAUCGUCCGAGGACGAGAAGGAAAAUGAAGCUGAAAUUCAACGUUUGGAAGAACAGCUUUCAAUCAACGCUUUCGACUACAAUUGUCAUGUGGACCUGAUCAAACUACUCCGACAAGAGGGCGAGUUAGUUCGGCUCCGCAAGGCACGGCAAAAGAUGAGCGAGCUUUUUCCUCUCACAGAAGAGAUCUGGCUGGAUUGGCUGAAAGACGAGAUUCGCAUGACAGAAGAGGAACCCAACCGGGAGAAAGUGUACGAGCUGUUUGAGAAAGCUGUGAAAGACUACAUAUGCCCUGAAAUCUGGCUGGAGUACGCUCAGUAUUCGAUCGGGGGCAUGGGGUCUCCGGGCGGGAUAGAGAAGGUGAGGGGCAUCUUUGAGAGGGCCCUGACGGCAGUGGGGCUUCACAUGACGAAGGGAGCCACCGUGUGGGAUGCCUUCAGGGAGUUUGAGAACGCCAUCCUGUCUACCGUUCAGCCCCCCCCUGGCAGUGUCCCCAGCAGGGAGCAGCAGGGGCUGGUGAACGCGCAGCUCGAACGCAUCCACGCCCUGUUCCGCCGCCAGCUGGCCAUCCCCUUCAUGGACAUGGACGCGACCUACGCGGAGUAUGAGGAAUGGUCUGAGCAGGGCGUGGCUGAGACAGUCACCCAGCAGUACAGACGAGCUCUUCAGCACAUGCACAAGAGCAAACCUCACGAACAAGCUCUGCUGGCGGCGGAGCCCCCUAAGCUGGCAGAGUAUCAGAGCUACAUGGAGUACGAGCUGAAGGAGGGAGACCCAGCGCGGGUCCAGAUCAUCUUUGAGCGCGCGCUGGCCGAGAACUGCCUGGUACCAGACAUGUGGGCGCGCUACACCAGCUACCUGGACCGUCAGCUGAAGAUCAGAGACAUCGUCCUCUCCUGUCACGACCGAGCGGUCAGGAACUGUCCGUGGACCAUGGGCCUGUGGAGGAGCUACCUGCUGGCCCUGGAGAGACACAGAGCCGAUCACACCACCGUCCUCGAUGUUUUUGAGAAGGCCCUGACCGCUGGCUUCAUCCAGGCCACAGACUACGUGGACAUCUGGCAGGCCUACCUGGACUACCUGAGGAGGAGGGUGGACUUCAGCAAAGGUGAAGAGUCGAGCAGGGAGCUGGAGGAUCUGCGGGCAGCCUUCAGCCGCUCCCUGGACUACCUGAAGCAGGACGUGGAGGAGAGGUUCAGUGAGAGUGGAGACCCCUCCUGUACCAUCAUGCAGAUCUGGGCGAGGAUUGAGGCGCUGCACUGCAGGAACAUGCAGAAGGCCCGCGAGCUGUGGGACAACAUCAUGACCCGGGGGAACGCCAAGUACGCCAACAUGUGGCUGGAGUACUACAACCUGGAGAGGUCAUACGGAGAUGCUCUCCACUGCAGGAAGGCUCUCCACAGGGCUGUCCAGUGCACCUCAGACUACCCAGAACACGUGUGUGAGGUGCUGCUCUCCUUUGAGAGGGUGGAAGGCUCUCUGGAGGACUGGGACACGGCCGUGCAGAAGACUGAAACUCGGCUCAACAGAGUCAGCGAGCAGAGGGCCAAGGUGGCAGUGAAGGAGGCCUCCCAGGCCAGACAGGAGGAGGACAAGACGGAGCAGCGACGGAGGGCCAGGGCAGACAAGAAGAGCCAGAAGAAGGGUUCGAAACCCCCCGGGCGCCCUGGGGAGAAGAGGAAGGCCCAGGAGGACUUCCAGGACUGGGGCGACGAGCCAGAGCAAGGUGCAAAGAGGCAUCGUCGGGGGGGACAGGGGGAGGAGUUCAUGGAGACGGAGAGCAAAGCCCCGCCCAGACGCAAGCCUGAAGGGACCAAUCAGAGCCAGGCGGGGUCAGCGGCGUCCGGGAAGAACAGCCAGGAGGAGCCGGAGGAGCGCAGAGACGACUGCAGUGUGUUCGUCAGUAACCUGGCCUACACGCUGCCCGACCCAGAGGCCCGGCUCAGGGAGAAUUUCCACCCCUGUGGACCCAUCAGCCAGGUGCGCCUGGUGUUCGCCGGGAACGGAACCUUCAGGGGCUACGGCUAUGUCCAGUUCGAGGGCCGGGCGUCGGUGGCGGAGGCUCUGAAGCUGGACAGGAAGUUGGUGAACGGCAGGCCCAUGUUUGUGUCGCCCUGCGUGGACAAAAGCAAGAACCCAGACUUCAAGGUGUUCAAGUACAGCGUGGAUCUAGAGAGACACAAGAUCUUCAUCUCUGGCCUGCCCUACUCCUGCAACAAGGAGCGGCUGGAGGAGAUGUGUCGAGGCUACGGCACCAUCAAAGACAUCCGCCUGGUCACUCACCGCUCAGGACAGCCCAAGGGCCUGGCGUACGUGGAGUUUGCCAACGAGGCCGAGGCGUCUCAGGCGGUGCUGAAGAUGGACGGGAUGGUGGUGGAGGAGCACACGCUGGCCGUGGCCAUCAGCAACCCGCCCCGGCGCAGCAGGAACCUGGACCUGCCCGGACCCAGCAGGACCCUGGUACCUCGACAGGCCUACGGAGCGAGGGGGAAAGGCCGCACGCAGCUGUCCCUGCUGCCCCGCUCCCUGAACCGCCACACCGGCCCGGCAGGGCAGGCCGAGAACGGGACCACGUCUAAACCAGCCGGCGAGGCGGUGAACUCUGCCGGAGACACGCCCCCUGAAGCACAAGCCAAGCCCCUCUCCAACUCAGACUUUGCCAGAAUGCUCAUGACGAAAAAAUGAUGCUUCCGUUCCAUACCUUGCCUUGAUAUGGAAAGCCAUCUUGUGUCCUUACAGAGGAGAGAUGGUGGGGUGUUUCUGUAAGAGGUAGACUUCCCUUUAAUCCUGCCCCCCCCCCCCCCCCUUGACGCUCUGCUCCUAUGAGAAAGCCUUAAUCCCCCUGGCUCCUCCCACUUCACCUGUGACCCUUUUGAACGUUUGUUUGGAAAAAGUGUGAUAGAAUGUCUGUUUUAUGACCAAUUUGUGUUUUGUGUUUUUGAAAGGCAAAGAUAUUUUAUUAAAAAAAAGCUGUGUCAUAUAUAUUUGUUUGUAAAUAUAUAAAAAGUUGUGAACCUCA